AUGAGUGGGCCUAGGAAUCGGUAUGGCAGACGAUCUUCCCAUCGCCAGUAUCAAACACAACCCCAUGCACCAUCACAUAAUAAUUUAGAAGCCAGAGGCAAUUUUGAUUCUGCCAAAAUUUCUCGUGUAAACUUACUACUUUCUCGUAUUCGAGACGAGAAUGAUCCUGUGUAUACUAGACGAUUGUCAUAUGUUAACCAAUUUGUGGUUAUAUUGAACGAACCAUGCACGCCCUGGGAAAAAUCUCAAAUUUUUGAAGCUGUAACUCGUGGUACGGGUUUCGAAGCAAUCUUCGAAGAUUCUCGUGCACCUACAAAUUUUAAGACUGCUGUAGCAAAAUGUUUAGCUCAAACUGCUUUGAUAAUGAACAAUGAUAUAAACAAUUAUUUUCGUUGGAUAUUUGAAAGAUUACAAGCUUCAGAAAGUAAAACGAUAAAUAGAAUUUCUCAAACUACUUCAAGUUCUGGUCCACUUCAACAGUUCAUUCCUAAUGUUCUUCAUGAUUUGGAAAGUUUACUAGACUCAAUGGAUAGUUCAGAUUGUUUUCCUGGUAUUUUAGAGGUGUUAGAAAAAAUUGCAGAUAGAUAUCCCACAGAAUUUGGUGAACGGUUUCAGGAUAUAAUUGAUCUAUUGGUGGGAUGGUAUAUAGAUAUAUCAGUUUCGGAUACACUUCAUUCCCUUAUAGCUGAUACUUUCAAAAGAUUACGUUCUUUUUGGGCAAAAAAUUUGAAUUUUGCUUACGAGUUAUUGAGCCAUUUUCUAGCAGAUAUGGAGGUACUUUCAGGUGUGACAGUAUCCCAAGAAGGUCCUCAGAUCGAUGAUAGAACUAGAAGCGAGAGCGAAGCUAUGCCAAGUAAUUUGAAAUCACUGCUAAGCUGCUUUCAGACAGUUGCUGAAGCAGUUAGCCCAAUUUUGCAACAAACUUCUACGGAAGAAAUUAACAAUACAACUGACGUAGAAAGUGCACAUCCCUUUGAUCAGCUGCGAGCCUGGAUCAUUAAGUUCAUAUUUGUUAUAGCUGAACUAUAUAUGGAUACUGGAUGGUUCGAAAAAGGGAGCCAGAUAAUUUUGACCAUGAGCUCGUCAAGAAAGAAAUCAUUUGUACAGUAUCAAGUUCAGUCGACUAAAUUUUGGUUAUUACAAAUUCAAAACGGUCUUCAAAAAGAAUCGAUUGACUUUAUAGUAGAUGAUUGGUUUGAUGGCUUCCUUCAGAUUCUCUCUCAAUGGACUCCACAUAUUCAUCCUGAUGUUAUAAUCAUAUUGGCGAAUCCAAAUUCGUCAUUAAUGAAGCUUCGCAUAUAUCACCCAUAUCUUGCUCGGCUGCAUUCGGACAUUUUAGACAUGUUCCGUAUACUUCUUAAGAAUCAAGAUCAUAAUUUUACUUCAUCAGAUGAAAAUAAAAUGUCUCUGAUCCAUCAAAUUACUAUUGAAGUUGGUCAAAUGAUGUCUUUCAUAUUUUCUUUGAAUAACCUUCCAAAAAUUGACAUGAAAUCACAAUUGAAGAAUAAUGUAAUGAUUAAUACCGUUCUCGAAGAACAGAUGUCUGAUCUCUUUCCUGAAGGCUUGCAACCUCUUUUUGACGUCACUAAUUUGCCCACAAGUACUCAUAUAUUGAAUGAAAGAACAGCAACAUUUGUAAUUGUUUUUGAUAUUGAGCUCACUAUACAACUUUUGCCAGUACUGGGGAGUGCUAGAGAAAUCUUUUGGAUCCUUUACUUCACACUUAACAAGCUUAGGGAGCGUGAUUAUUUCGAUGGUAUAUUAAUGUGUUCUUUGAUUAAUGCGCUUCGACAUGCAUGUAAAAGCGAGAAUUAUUUUAUAGAAGAGAAACAACAAUCUGACUCUGCAUUUCAUGCAAUGAGUUUUCUCAUUAACGCGCUUUUGCAGAAUCAAUUUGAAUUAUCCUUCAAUAUUUUUGCAUUGAUUAUCGAAUGGGUUAGAGAUGUUUUAGAAUUUUGUAGUGCUCAUGAAUUUACGUCAACCGAUACAAAAGAUAAUAUUCGUCAAGAACUUGAGCAUGUUAUUUACACUCUAAUUGCUAUAUCCAGAUCUGUCAAAAAUAACAACAUCCGUAUGCAAAUACCUAAAGUUAUACAUGAAUAUUUUGAUGUUUUUGGAUCACUAAGCAUUGGUCGGAAGGCCUUUUCAAAGAUUAUCCAAAGGAUUAAUGAUGUGGAUCACAGAGUACAGUCUGGCUAUUCCAAGUUGAUCUAUAGAAUAAAUCCUUUUUUUUCAACUUUUUUACAUGACGAUUUAGAAGAUCAAUUAGUGAUGAAAUUCAAAGGAAAUGUGUGCAUGACACCAAAUUUAGGUAGCUUCAGAUCACCUCAUUUCCAAAUCGUGAUGAACCAUUUGGGAAUGAAAGAGUUACUAACCGGACAAGAUGAAACUGACAACGUUACAUAUGAUCCAAGCGAAAAAGGGCAAUGGCGUCUACGUUUGUUCCUAUCUUGUCAAUCUAAUGAUUUAUUCAAUCCAAAAGAUGUUAUAGAAGACAACAAUCUCAAAUAUGUCUAUUCACGAGAUGAAAUUGUAUAUGCUAUUGUGAAUUCCAAUGAUUUGCUUACGUUCUGGACACUUUGGGAGGUCGCUCGUUAUUGUGUACUCUCAAGGCUACGGACACCAUUCGGAGGACCAAAGCAGACAUUUGAUGCUUUUGAAAAGAGAUUAAAUGAUUUGUUGAUAGAAGACUUCACGAUUUCUAUAAAAAAUGAAUUAGACGAAGAUAAUUUACAUUAUAGUAUGAUAAAUCGUUAUCAAUUACGGGACUUGUUAAAUCUGUUUGAUCGUUUGGAACUUCAAAUAUACAAUGCUACGGUUGGGACUUCGCUUGGAAAUUUACCCCAAGCACCACGUGCCAGUAUUGUUUUCUUCAGAACGAAUCGUAAAGUUUGUGAUGAUUGGUUUUCUCGCAUUAGAACAGGCAUUAUCAAAGGUGCUAAAAUCAUUGGUGAUGAUGCUUUGGCUGUUAUUCACGGUUUUAGGGCCCUUGCGCAACGUGUAGCUCUACUAAAUCAAGGGCUGGUUACCAGUGAGAAUAUUUGGUUGGCAGACUUUCAACAAAUUCUUACUGAUGUUGUUGAAUGUCUGCAAAGAUUACAUGCUGGAGAUAGUAUUAUUGGGCUUUUAGCAUGGUCUAAACGUGUCUGUCCAAGUGACGAGAAACAAGAAAUUGGUUUAUCAGAUCACACUGACGACUUUACUGCGGGCGAAAACAUUGAACCAGUCGGCUCUACACGGCGGGCCUCUAUUCAAUCUAAUUUUAAUUGGAUGCACGGCUCUCAUUUAUUUUCAGAAUCGAGAUACGAACUUGCUGCAAACGAAGCGAUUGAUUCUUUCGACUACCUUCUUGAUAUUGAUUCUGAAAUUCAACCAAUUUGGCCACAGACUCGAUUUUUGAGCUCGCAAGAUGUAUAUCAAAGUUUUGAGGCCCUGCUUAAAUUCAGUUAUUUGUCUUCAUUAGCACAAUGGGUUUAUGUACAUGAUGAAACUGAAAUCAUUAUAGAUCCUUUGUUGCAAUUAAAUCAAGACUAUUUAACAGCACUUGCAAAAUACCAUGAUGGUGACCACUUGGAUGCAUGGAAUCUCGUUGAUAAUGUUCCACUGCAAAUAUCGCAAAAAUAUCUCAAUUAUCGUGGUGCCAACUUUAUCCCAAUGUUAUGCCUUUUCCGUGAAAGGCUUUUUAAUUUAGUUAAUGAAAGUUCUAAUUCUAGUACAUUGAAUCAGCAAACAGCUCUUUGUGUUUUAGAGAACAUUGUUAAGCAUUCGUUUACGGACUCCUUAAUGAGCACUAUUCCUAUCUUAUUAAAGACAAUUACAAUAAAAUCAGAAGCUCAACAGCUUCACCAUUUUUUAUCUGAAUUUGUGGAAUGCAUAAAUUACAAUCAGAAAUUACCGUUUAGUGAUACAUUUGUUAUUGAUUUAUCUUUGUGGAGUCCAUUAAAUACAACUAUUGACCAAUUAAUUUCGAACCCAGAAAUUCAAACAACAUUAAAUGAGAUUAAUAUAUUUAAAUUUUUGAUGGCAAAAAUUGCUAGAAAAAGUUCAGCUUUAAAUUAUGCAGCUUAUAUCUUUGAUCAUUGGAAGCAAGAUAUUCCUGCAGAAGUUGUAUUUGAACAUUCUAAAAUGUUGUUUGCUCAAGGAUUGUAUCAAGAAGCUAUUGUCCGUGUAUGUUCACUUUUACGCGAUGAGCAAUAUCCGUCCUUUGCAUUUUCAGAGACUUUAGUUUUUCGUCAAAACGUGCUUUUAAAACUGGCAAAAUGGUUACAGCAUCCAGAGUCACAAUUAGAUAGUGAAACUUCAUCUAAUUUAAAUCUCAUUUUCAGCGAGUAUAUUGGUAGCCAAGAUUCAGAAGAAAAAAAUUUAGAGCCUAAUUUAAUAAAUAGUAAGCUGGUGGAAGCAUGUUUGUCUAGGGUGAUUAAUGGAGAAAGUCCGACUGCAAAAGCUUGGUUUGCCUAUGCUUCAUACCACUACCAAUAUGGUCGACAGAUAAUUGAUGAAUUAGGCAGCUGCAAGUUUUCUAUUAAUUUAUUGAACUCCGCUAGUAAGAAAAUUCAGCAAGUUUUGACAGAUGAUUGGAAAGCUUCGAAUAGUAAUAAUUUUACUGAUUGUGAUAUAAUAAUAAAAAACAUAUUUCGCAUGUUUUUACGAAGAGUUAAUUCUCUAUCAAGAUUGGAUAAAAGUGGUGAUAAUAUAUUGGAUUUUAAUGCAAUCCUUCCUUGGAUUUCACAAAAUUCAGUUGAUGAGAUUACAGAUGCAUUAAGUAAAGUACAAAAGGAACUCUUUAUUGCUUAUAAAUCUGCCGUUGAUGGAUAUUUCCGAUUCUUACAAUCUACACGUGGAAAAAAUAACGCCCAAGAUACUCAAGAUACUCUAGAUACUCAAGCGGAUAUUCGCAUAGAACAUAUUGAGGAAUCUGAUAUAAUAACUGCAACUCUAAGGAUUUUAAGAUUACUUGUGAAGCAUGGACAGCUUUUUGAAGAAUCUUUUGUCGAAGGAUUUAAUAAUACUAAUAUUCAGUCAUGGGAAAAUAUAACUCCGCAACUAUUUUCGCGAUUAGAUCAUCCAGAACCUUUUGUUCAACAACAGCUUUGUAAACUUUUGUGUUCAAUUGCUUCUGUUUCGCCACAGUUAGUUGUAUAUCAUACUGUUGUUGCCUCAAAUUCUAGUGGCACCAGCGACUUAAGUAAGCAAUUACUCAAAAGAAUUGCUGAUAGUCUUGAUGAUUCUAAUGGAACAUUGAUCGUAGAAAUUCGACGUGUGAUUGAAGAAUUACAACGCAUUACAGUUUUAUGGGAAGAGCUUUGGCUCAAUAAAAUAAGUGGCUUACAACUUGACGUCAACAGACGGUUUCACAAAUUUGAACGCGAAUUCGAGAGAAUAAACGAUAAUCUCAAUCUUUCGUCAGAACAACGAAAUAAAAUUAUGAAAGAAAGUUAUGAUGCUAUUAUGAAACCAGUAAUUUUAUCUAUCGAUCGAUUAUACAGUAGUACUAUUGCUGUUGCUUCAACACAACAUGAGAAAUGGUUUUGUCAUACUUUUGGUAAUCGUAUUCAUGAAGCUCUGGAAAUUCUACGUACUCCAUAUUCAUGGGAAUCAUAUAAAUCGGGUUGGGAUCUUUUGCGCAAUGUUCAAAAAGAUUUAACGAAGGAAUUAAUGUCAAAUCGUUCGUUAAAAUUAAUUGAUGUCAGUCCAUAUCUGGGAACAAUCAAGUCUUCUGCGAUCGCUAUGCCUGGUUUACCUUAUCAUACGGAUACGGUGACAAUUCAAUCGUUUGAUGAAAACUUUAUAAUUCUACCUACAAAAACCAAGCCCAAAAAAUUGGUUCUCCUUGGAUCGGAUGGGCUGCAGUAUGGUUACCUUUUCAAAGGCCAUGAAGAUCUUCAUCUAGAUGAACGAAUUAUGCAACUAUUACAGAUUACUAACGAUUUACUCAAACGGGAUAAACAGACGCGCGCUCGAAGCUUGCGCGCGCGUAAUUAUGCCGUCAUUCCUUUAGGAAAUCAUUCAGGAAUGAUUCAAUUGGUAGAAAAUGCUACUCAAAUAUUUGUACUUUACAAAAAAUGGCAACAUCGAGAACAUUUUGCCAAGGUUUUACAAAACAACUCUGAAGAAUUAGCUGGAAACCCACAACGACCUAGUGAUAUGUAUUUUGAAAAAAUCGGCAAGGUUCUAAAAAAAGAAGGUUGGCCUGCAUCCACUUCGAGGCGUAACUGGCCUCGCUCUGUUCUCAAAUCAGUAUUUCUUGAAUUAGUGUCAGAAACACCUUCAGAUCUACUUGAAAAGGAGGUUUGGGCAUCUUGUUCAAGUCCAAAAGAGUGGUGGAUUAAAAGCACUUCUUUGUCACGUUCGCUUGCAGUUAUGUCUGUUAUCGGCUACAUAAUUGGUCUGGGAGACCGUCAUUUAGAUAAUAUUUUGAUAGACUUUGAGUGUGGAGAAGUUAUUCAUAUUGAUUAUAACGUGUGCUUUGAAAAAGGGAAAAAACUUCGAGUUCCUGAGACAAUUCCUUUCCGCCUUACACAAAACAUUGAAAGUGUACUUGGUGUUACUGGAGUCGAGGGUGUCUUCAGGAUCGCAUGCGAAAAUGUUCUCAGGGUGUUGCGAGAAAAUAAAGAAAUUCUAAUUACAUUACUUGAAGCAUUUGUAUAUGACCCAUUAGUUGAUUGGCAUCAAGACAUGUCUGAAGGCCGCGAAAAACAAAUUAUGGAGAUUGAAGAAAAUAUAGGAUUGUUAAUUUCGAGAAUUGCUGAACUUAGGAUUCCCCUUGAGAAUAACCAAGGACAUCUUUCAAAUUUACUGUCUGAAUUUCUUACAGUUUUCAUGCGUAUAUGCGAACAUUACAUGAAUUUAUAUAAUCAGCAAGUGGAAUUAUCUGAACAACCGAGUCAAAGUCUUAAGAUCGAGAUGCGGGAACCUGCGUUCAUUCACAGUCAAAUUGAAUUAGAAAGUCUAAAAUCUGCUCUCUCACAAAGAACUAAUGAAUGCGCACUUUGGCAUGCUCAACACGAAAAAACUAUACAAUCUAUUCAAGGACCUACACUUCAGAUUAUUUAUAAUGAAAUUUUUUCAUCAAGUUCGCAAAUAGGGGUAUCUAUCUUCACUCCCUUUUUGCAAGUUCUUGCCACGAACGAAUUUAUGCUUCAACGUUGCAGCAAAAUUGAGCAAGAAUUCUUGAGUUGGAUGAAUGAACGCAACGUAGCUUUCAAAAAUUGCCUUGAACGUUUGCAAUUUUAUAGAACUUUAGUAGUUCCUUUAGUUCCUGUGUUAAUGAUGCAAGAUUACUAUUCUAAAUGGCCUCAAUUAUUGGUUUCUUUACUCGAAUCGUCAUUUUCAAGUCAAGACUUCCAUGCACUAUAUCAAAAAUCUAGUCUUCCAAUUGUUUACGGUAACGCAUUGAAUCAUAUUCGUGACGAUCUAAAGAUAUCUUACACAAAUGCUGCGCAGGAAAGCGUAUCUCUUGCCGAAGCCUUAACUUUGGCUACAGAUAAAAUGGCCAUGAACGAAUCAACGUUACAUUCUAUGCUGAACAAUAUAUUCAACGAGCAAAAUUCUACGAGUUUAAAUUCACACCUUCCAUACUUAGCGAGUGUAUUAUCUUCACUAUCUGAGCUUCAUCAGUUCGUUGAGUCGAAUGACAUGUCUGAAGUGUUUAAUCACGUCGGAUUUAGUGCUAAUUUUCAGACUGUUAUUAAAGAAACUCUGUCUAAUGAAACUCUCGAUAAAUCGUCAUUUUUAACAUACGUAGUAAUUUUAUUGUCCAUUUAUCAUCAUGUUCAAAUGAUAACUGUGAAAAUUACUGAUGAAGAAAUACUUAGUCAGACAUUAUCUAUAGCCGCUGAACUUUUACAAUCAGUUCGGAUAAUUCUUAGCUUACAACAUAAUUUCGUGAACGUUAUAUUACCUAAGAUAUUUCUUUUAAUUCAUGGUUCACCGAAAGCUUUUGAACCUUUUACCGAUGUAUUACGUAGUCUAUCUACAGACGCUUUCAACUAUUGGGGAAUGAAGCAUCCAGAAUCUCAUUACAUGGUGAAGUCUAUGAGUGAAUCAUUCAAUCGACUUUGUGAACAUACAUAUAGAGAAGGGAUUUCACAAGCUGUUCAUUUAUUAAUUAUCGAAUUUGACGAGUUAUUCAAUAGCUUGAGGGAUACGUUGCUUAAGAUUCAAGCCCUUUUUAAAGAACUUAAAGAACACAGUUCAUCUAAAGACGGUCAAGAAGAUUUAAUUGAAGGCCGUCUCAUUGAUGACUUUAUUGUUCAUAAGCUUAAUGUUAUGGCUUGUGUUUUGUUGGCGUGUGACGAUUAUUAUAAAGAAAAUGGCCAACCUCGUCUAAACACCGUCUGGGUAUCAUCAAUGGCUAUGGCAGACGCUUUUAAGAAUAGUUCUAAUUCACUCACAAGGCUUUGGGAAGUCUCGCGCUGGUGGAUUUCGGAAUUUUUCAUUCCAUAUACAAAAACUCUAUACACAGCCGUAAUUGACCAUAUAGGAUCCUUAGUCAGAACUGGGAAUGAAGAUAUCAGCCUAACAUCUGAUAGCUCAUCACCCAUAAAUAAUCUGAUUGCACAAGGACUGGUAUCUAAUGAUGAUAUUUGUGCUCAAAAGCUCAGCGUCAAACAGUAUUCUUUCCAUGGAUGUAAAAUGAAUUUUAUUUCAAUGAUGAAUCUACGAAAAACUCAAGCAGAAAUAGAGUUACAACAUCGUCAAAUGGAAUUAAUGCGCUUCGAAUGGAUCAAUGAAGCAUUGAUAGGUGACAACAGUUUAGUCCGACAACAGUUCCUGCAAAACUUGACCCAAGACGUGAAUCGAUUUGUUUUGUUAGAAAAUCUUUUACAAGAAUUAGUAUCGCAAUACAGAGUAAUCAAUGCAGAAGUUGCAGACUUUAUUGCUACUCAGGUUGUUAACGAAAACGCUGGAGAACUAUUGCGUUCAUUUGGUGAUGCAGUAGCGAAUCAACAAAUGAUUUUUGCUCAAGAAUUUGAAAGGAUGAAGCAUGUCGUUAGUUUAUGCAAUUCAAUAUUGCAUUUGGAAACCUUCCGCACAGUAACUGACAAAACUGUUGCAAUGGAUGCAGAUACUCUUCAACUAGUUAAAAGACUCGAGUCAGCAAUGCAAGGAAGUUCCAAGUUGAGUACUGUUGGUUCACAAUUGGAUAUCACGCAACAACUCUCAUCGUUAAAAAUUGAUGAAUCUCUUGACAUGGAUUUACUUGGAAACCUUGAAAACAUUGCUAAAGAUCUUAAAACAGUAGUAGAAGAAGUUCGCAAUUUAAUGAGUGAAUUGUUUCCUCUUAUCGAUCCUAUAGCAAAUUUUGAAAUGGAUACGACAGAUGAUAAUGGCAAGGAUGCACGUUUAAAAGUGAAGUUCGAUUCGGAUUUUGAUACAGUUAUUAGUGGUGCACUUGCAGUUGUUGAUAGACGAUUCCACCAAAAAAGUAACUUUUCGGAGUCAGAAUACCCAGUAAUGGUUGAAAACCUUCGCUGUGACAACGAACGAGCUAUAUCAUAUCUAACUGAUAUUAUUGUCAGAGUUUUUGAAAAUUUGUUUGCUUUGGGCGAAAUAUCUGGAACUAUUAUUCAACAUGAAUCAUCUCAGAAAAUUUCCCCUGGAAAUAUUGAGAGUAAGAGUUCUAAUGCAUGUGAUUUUGCUCAAAUAAAUACCGAGACGGAAGAUAUACAAAUACUUAAUCCUUUGGAAGCGAAUAAUAAAAGAGACAAUUCAGAAAUUGAGGAAUAUGAACAAAAUGAAUCCUAUAAUAACCCUGUUUCAUCACCUGGUAAUGAUAAAUUGAAUGGUCCCUCAAAAAAUACUAUCACUGGACAGGUUUUAUUGCCAAAUAACGAGGAGACUGUGGAAAACUGGGAUGUCCCUAUGCAACAAGUUGGAAUAAUCCGACGAAUCAAAGCGAAAUUAGAGGGAAAGGAUUUUGAAGCUACUACUAAAAUGACUGUUCAGGAACAGAUUGAUACGAUUAUCCAGCAAUCACUUGAUAUUGACAAUUUAUGCGUGAUGUAUGAAGGAUGGACUCCUUGGAUUUAA